AUGAAUUCUUCAUCACCGUUUCUCAAUUCGUCCAAUUCUUCAGCACUACCAUCAUUUUUCUAUUCAUCUAGUGGAUUAUUGUUCGUUUACAAUGCAUUUAGUUUGUACACUCAGCCGUUAAUUAUUGUCCUUGGUACGAUUGGUUGUGUGUUGAACAUAGUUAUACUGACACAAAAACCGUUAUGUUCAUCAUCUUGUGCAUUCUACUUUCGCUGUGUAUCAAUCAAUGAUUUAUUUGUAAUUUAUUUUAUUGCUCUAUUACAAUGGUUAUCCGAUCAGUAUGAGAUCGACCCAACCACAUACUCUCAGUUUUAUUGUAAAACACAAAAUUAUUUUGUCUUUAUUUUCUAUACGCUCGGUCGUUAUUUUACUGUUCUUGCAUGUGCUGAUCGAUUUUGCACAAGUUCACCAAAUUCACGAUUAAGAAAAGUCGCCAAACUGCAAAUAGCCUAUUACUCAACAGCAUUAACAGUUAUUAUUAAUUUAAUAGUCUAUUCACAUGUACUGUUGAAUUACACUAUUAUUUCCGUCCCUUCAUCAUUUGGAUCAGUCUGUACCCCAGGAAGUACAAUGCGAGAUUAUCAGUUUUCGGCUCUUUUUGUUCUCAUAUAUCUAUGUUUUCUUCCACCUGCAUUAAUGUGUUUAUUUUGCUUAUUGACAAUAUGGAAUAUAAUACAACAGGGCCAGCGUGUUACUAGCAUCGGCGACACUUCAUCAAUUCGUCGGCGAAAACGUGAGCAGGAAUUAGUGAAAAUGUUAUUUGUUUUUGUGAUUACAAAUCUUUUAUUUACCCUACCAUAUGCAUGUGUCUACCUAUAUGUUAUUUAUAAUCCAUAUCUUCCUAUUGAAUUCCGUUACACAUUAAAUUUAUGCCAUCUUAUUGUCAAUUUUAAUUCAGCGUCAAGUUUUUAUGUCUAUACAAUGAGUACACGUGGAUAUCGUAAUGAAGUAUUGAAAAUGAUUGAAAAAGUAAAAACUAUCAUUCAGUUUCGCCGGUGA